UGUCUCGCUCUCCUCCCCUCCCCUCCCCUCCUACUCGUCGCGCGACUUCGCCCGCCGCCCCCGCGCCGGAACAUCUCCCGUCGUCCUGCCGUCCCCGCCGCAUCCUCGCUCACCCGUCAGCCUCCAUCCAUCCAUCGAUCCUUUCCUCUUUCUCACAUCUCUCUCUCUCUCGCUCUACCCACCCGCUGUUUUUUACUUUUAUCUGGUGGAAUUUGCAUCAUGAACCCUAGUUGCUGAAUUUGAGCUGGACAAUGGAUCUGGAGACGGAGAAUCGUCUCGCUUCGUUACUUCUUGAAGAGGCGAGGAGGUUGCAGGCGGAGGCUGACAGGGAAGGUGUUCAGGCAUAUCUGCGGAAGCCCAAUGUAAGACAUCGUCCAAAUUCACGGUUCCUCACGGCCACUGUUCGCGGAGUUCAGCAAGCAAAUCGUGUUGUUGAGGUCAAUGAAAUGUGGCGUGCUAGAGAGAAGGAACUUCAACUGGAGUCUAAGAUGAAACGAAGAACUAAAGAUCUUGGUGACACCAGAGGUGAAAAACGCAAAAGUGACUUGAGAAACCAGAGUUCCAGCCCAAGGGUUGAAGAAGAAGGCAUAGCUUAUAAUAGUUCCUACUCAGACCAGGAAGAUGGUCUAGGGGAUGACGACAUUGAGAAGUUUCUUAAUUCGAGGGUGAAGCGAGGACGAGGGGCCAUUGGUUCUAGGAUGGACGAGCCUGGUCCAUACCUUAAUGCUACAUCACGUGGUCAGGACAGUGGACCUAGUGCUGAUAUACGGUUGGAAGAAAAAUGGGAACGACGAGUACAAUGCCCUGAGAAACCACAGUUUUUGAGAUCAAGAUCUCCUGAUGACUAUUGGCAUAGGGAAAAACUAGAUGGAGAACCUUCCAGCCCAGAAGUCCACAAGAAAAAGGAAAAGAAGAAGGAGAAGAAUUCAGAGAAAAAAGACAAGAAAGAGAAAAGGAAGAAAAAAGACAAGAAGAAAUCUAAGCAUCGCCACCACCACCAUCACAAAAGCCGUCAAAGGGAGUGAUUGUUCUGCAUGCUGAGCAACAAAAUUGUACACAAGAAAAGGG